AUGUUCGAGAUAGAGUCCAACGUCGACAACCCGGUUAUUCCAGGUAGAAAGGUGUUAUAUCUCCCAGAAUCCCAGGUCCUCAUCUCCACAAUGGCAGGAACUUGUCACGAAAUUGUCAGUCGAAAAAUUGAAUAUCUCUUGCAGGAGAAGAUAAGCAAGAUGGGAUGCGAGCACGCCUUACGCGCAGUCGGGCAAACGAGAGAGCACCUCCAGAAUUUGAACAAGGAGCCGGACGGGUCUUGGGGGCCGCAAGCGGUUCGUUAUCCUACUUGUGUUCUCGAAAUAGGCAUGUCGGAAAGCCUCCGGCAACUAGACCGCGAUGCCCAGCGCUGGAUCGAGAACGAGAUAUCACAUGUAACCCAAGUGAUUACGGUCAAAAUAUAUCCACGCCGCCAUGAGAUCAUCUUUACCACCUGGAAUAGGACAGCCCGACGGCGGGCUGAGAAGAACAACGAGAUCCACGUAGAGCUUCGCGAAGGCCGACCGAGGGUUAGAAAUAAUAAACGCCUACGCCUCUCCUUCGAUCAGAUUUUUGAGCGACCGCCCACGCCCGGCACAGCUGAGAGAGAUGUCAUCUUCUCGGCGCGCGAGAUAGGGGGUAUUGCCCGCAGGGUUUGGCUGGAUAUGGGUUUGAUCCCCUGA